AAAAGAAAAACGGCUCUAAAAAGACGACACGAUCGUACUGCGCGCUCUUCUUUUUCUUUCUCUCUUUCUCUCUUAUACACACACACACAAAAUGUAAGAUAAGAUAAUGAUCUCUAAUACACUCUAGAAAAUAAAAAAAUAAAUAAUGUUGCAGACUGCGUCACACAAUGUCGCAUAUUCAUAUCAUCAUUAUCAUUCUCUUAACUAGUGCAUUAUAUUUAAAUUGUUUAAAGUAACUCAUAUAUAUAUAUAUAUAUAUAUAUAUAUAUAUAUAUAUAUAUACACACGCAUAAUAUUAUACUAUAGCGUCAGAUACAUGUAUGUGUGUACAUCAUGAAAUCCCUCGAUCGAGUUUAAUUUCGUUAUCGCGUAUUCUUAAUUUUUACGAAUGAAUUUAUCCGAAAAUAAACCCGGUCAGAGGGACUGUAUAAAGAGAGAUAGGGUGAUUGCACACGCGUCGGGACCCGACGGAGAGGGGCGUUUCUCACGACCGAUUCGCGCGCGAUAUAUAUCGUCGUUCACGCGUCGUAUAUGCAGGUAGUGCGUACACGCAUUCGCGAUACCGCGACGAAAAGAAGCCGGGUUCUCUCGUUCUUCUGGGAGCGUUAUUAUCGUAUUGUUUCGUGCGGUUUUCGAAUACAUACACGCGACUAUAUUUUAUUCUCGCAAUUUUUUUUUUCAUCGUCUCGUAACGAUAUAUUGGAAUAUUGUAAUUUUGUACAAUGUACACAUAGAGAGAUCUGUAUUGGUCGGUAUCUGUUGUAAAUAAAAUCGAUUUCGAAAUUGUUGCGUUUUUUCCAUUGCGACUUGUAGGAAUUGUUGCAAAUUACAGCGCAAGUUACAUCACGCGUGAAUAAACACGUUCUAGUACUGCCUGUAAUUAAUAUCAGAGAUCGUCUUAUUUUUUUUAAUCAAGUGUACUUGUCAGUGCGUCUGCGAGAAAGGAAAGACUAACAGUAUAGUCGUCUAGAAAAAUGACGGCUACCGAGGAAACGGAGCCGUUGAUAUCCACGACGCCGACGACUUCCGCGGGUAAAAGUCACAGGAUCACUUAUCAUACAAUCUCCUUUGAAGCAAACGAAAGAGAUAGAUUGCAUGACGGAAGCCCCGAGAACUCCUUUAGUCUAAAACCGAUUUCGAGUGCACCGAUAGGCGUGAAUUUCAACAACGAAAUCUCCAUCAACAGAAUUACCUACGCGUGGAGCGACGUGAAUGUUUAUUAUAGCACGAAAACCGACAGGAUUUGGGAUCAGUUGAUGUUUAGACCUCGAAAGUCCAUCGCACAAAAGCACAUAUUAAAAGAUGUGUGCGGAGCGGCAUAUCCCGGCGAAUUGCUCGUAAUCAUGGGUGCAUCGGGUGCAGGCAAGACGACUUUACUAAACGCGCUGACAUUUCGCACAACACGUGGGGUAUCCGCGACCGGUCUAAUGGCCGCCAACGAUCGAAGAAUAUCACCGGGCGUUCUCACCUCGAGGAUGGCUUACGUGCAGCAGGACGAUUUAUUUAUCGGCACAUUGACGGUGACGGAGCACCUAAUGUUUCAGGCGAUGGUGCGAAUGGAUCGUCACAUAUCUCGUCACCAGAGAAUCAAGCGGGUCAAUGAAGUCAUCGACGAGCUUGCCCUUUCGAAAUGUCGAAACACCACGAUAGGAAUACCCGGUAAAGUGAAGGGUCUUUCGGGCGGUGAGAUGAAAAGAUUGUCCUUCGCUUCCGAAGUACUGACUGAUCCUCCGCUGAUGUUCUGUGAUGAACCGACAUCCGGCUUGGAUUCCUUCAUGGCUCAUCAGGUUGUUUCCAUCUUGAAGACUUUGGCGGCAAGUGGUAAAACAAUCGUCGUCACUUUACAUCAACCUUCGUCGGAGCUGUUUGUUCUAUUUGACAAAAUUCUAUUGAUGGCCGAAGGAAGAGUCGCCUUCAUGGGUACAGCCGCGCAAGCUUGUGCCUUCUUCAAAACGCUUGGCGCAGCUUGUCCCAGCAAUUACAAUCCUGCAGAUUACUUCGUGCAAAUGUUGGCUGUGGUACCAGGACGCGAGUUGGCCUGCAGACACGCUAUCAAAACGACGUGCGACACCUUUCGGAGCAGUGAAUACGGAAGAAAGAUCAUUACAGAAGCAGAAACAGUUCAUGGCGAAUUCGAGAAUUCCCCCAAGUAUCAUUCCAAAGGGCAGUCGCCUUACAAGGCGAGCUGGUGCGAGCAGUUUCGCGCGGUUCUAUGGCGUUCCUGGUUGUCAGUGAUCAAGGAACCACUUCUCAUCAAAGUUCGCCUCUUACAGACCGUAAUGAUCUCGCUAUUGAUCGGUGUCACUUACUUCGGCCAGCGAAUCGAUCUGGACGGCGUGAUGAAUAUCAAUGGCGCUCUAUUCAUUUUCCUCAGCUGUAUGACUUUCCAGAACGUCUUCGCUGUCAUUAAUGUAUUCUGCGCCGAAUUACCGGUGUUCCUUCGCGAGCACAGAAAUGGCAUGUAUCGCACCGACGUCUACUUCAUCUGUAAAACGCUGGCGGAAGCGCCGAUAUUCUUAGCGAUACCGUUGAUGUUCACCAUAAUCGUUUAUCCCAUGAUCGGUCUCUAUCCUGAUGUGAGGCAUUUCUUUGUCGCCGCCGCUGUGUUGAUUCUCGUGGCCAACGUGUCGACCUCGUUCGGCUAUCUGAUAUCCUGUAUCAGCAACAGCGUGACUACGGCUCUCUCCAUUGGGCCUCCGGUGAUAAUACCGUUCUUGCUGUUCGGUGGCUUCUUCCUAAACACGGCGUCCGUGCCGUCCUAUUUUUUCUGGUUCUCAUAUUUGUCCUGGUUCCGUUAUGGUAACGAGGCUCUUUUGGUCAACCAAUGGUCAGAAAUCGACUCUAUAGACUGCACUGCAAGCAACGUCACGUGUCCGAAAUCGGGACGCACCGUUCUUCAAAUUUACAAUUUCAGGGAGGAGAACUUCCCCAUGGACAUCCUCUGCUUGUUCGCGCUUAUCGCGGCGUUCCGUCUCCUGGCGUUUUUCGCCUUACUGUCAAAAACUCGCCGUGCGAAGUAACGCAUAUCAUUGUCUUAUGAAAGAACAAUUUUCGGCCUUAUUGCAUGUGUAAUAUAUUUCUAUAAUAAAUAAUUUUAACAAUAAAUAAUUUUAAAAGACAA